AUGGGCGCAGGCAGCGCCCCGCAGCUGAGGAGAUCCCCAGGCGAAGUGUGUUUUCCAGGAGGCAAAAGUGAGGCAGCAGAUAAGGAUGAGAUCGAUACCGCCCUCAGAGAAGCCAAGGAAGAAGUAGGGCUCCCGCCAGAGGAGGUCGAAGUCGUCUGUAGGCUCAUCCCUGGGCUUGAUAAAAUGAAUAAUUUGGUAACACCAGUUGUGGGAUUUAUAGAGGACACCUUCCAGGCCACUCCUAAUCCAGAUGAAGUGAGCGAUGUCUUUGUGGUGCCACUGGAAUACUUCCUUGAGCCCUUAAAAUACACGGCCUUGCAUUAUAAAACAUCAUCUGGUCACCGAAGUCGGAUGCAUUGCUUCACGUAUGAUGACAAUGAGCGUAAAACAUCAUUCACGAUUUGGGGACUUACUGCACACUUUGCUGUGUUUCUUGCUCUUGUAAUUUUUGGAAGGAGACCUACCUUUGAAGUUGAUUAUGACCUUGACAACUUAAUUUCAUCUGCUGAGCAGAACUUCAUGAAUUUAUAUGCAUCGGUACAGCAAGAGAAGAAAAGUAAUCUAUGAGAUACUGGACUGCCAAUUAAUUAA